AUGGCGUCGACGAGCAACUCCAAGCAGCUCUACUAUGAGCUGUAUCGCCGGUCGAGCAUCGGCAUGCAGCUCACCGAUGCGCUCGACGAACUCAUCCAGUCAGGUCACAUCAACCCCGUCCUCGCCAUGCGCGUGCUCAACGAGUUCGACAAGGCCAUCGCUACCAACCUGGGCAAGAAUGUUAAGGCUAAGAGCCAGCUCAAGGGCCACCUAAAAGACUACCGUCUCUGCGAAGAGGUCUGGACAUUCCGCGUGCGCAAUGCGACACUCAAGCUCGACAAUGCCGACAUCCUCGACGUCGACAAGGUCAAGAUCGUCGCUUGCAAGAUGGCCGAUAGCACGUCCAAGUGA